UGUUUAAACAGAUCUCUCUCUCUCUCUCUCUCUCUCUCUAGAUCAGCCAUUGCCAAUGUCUACGACCACCGAAGAACCCGAACUGCAACAAGGGCCCGACCAUGAACCCGAACCCGAACCGGAAGCGCCGGAGAUAGCGUCGAGCGAUGCAGAUCCCCGGAGGGAAGAGCCCGAAGACGCAGCGAUCCAAUCCGGCGAACCGGAGAGCGACCCUUCUCCGACGGGGGAAGAGGCGCCGGCGCGUCCGGAGCUGCGGAAGGACGAGGGGAACCGCACGUUCACGAUGCGGGAGUUGCUGAACGAAUUGAAGAACGACGAUGCGGCCGAGAGCCCGAAGAACCCGGACGGGGAGAGGCGAGAAGUGAGUUCUCCGUACAGUCAAGAAAGCAUGCAACAAUCUAAUGCGGAGCAGAAUAAUGCUGCAAUGGAGUUGAUUGAUAGCGUUACUGGUGUUGAUGAGGAGGGCAGGUCUCGUCAACGUAUUCUUACAUAUGCCGCUCGAAGGUAUGCUAGUGCAAUUUCCAGAAAUCCAGGAGAUUACGAUGCAUUAUAUAAUUGGGCUUUGGUUCUUCAGGAAAGUGCGGAUGUUGUUAGUCCUGAUUCCACAUCACCUUCAAAGGACGCUUUACUUGAGGAGGCCUGUAAAAAAUAUGAUGAGGCUACCCGUCUUUGCCCUACACUUCAUGAUGCUUUCUACAACUGGGCAAUAGCUAUAUCUGACAGGGCUAAAAUGCGAGGUCGUACAAAGGAGGCUGAAGAGUUCUGGAAGCAGGCAACCAGAAACUAUGAAAAAGCAGUCCAACUUAAUUGGAACAGUCCUCAGGCACUUAACAACUGGGGACUUGCUUUACAGGAACUCAGUGCAAUUGUUCCUGCUCGUGAGAAACAAACCAUAGUGAGAACUGCUAUAAGCAAGUUUCGUGCAGCAAUACAGUUACAAUUUGAUUUCCAUCGAGCAAUUUACAACCUUGGGACUGUUCUGUAUGGAUUGGCAGAGGACACAUUAAGGACGGGGGGAUCGGCCAAUGCAAAAGAAAUUUCUCCUAAUGAACUGUACUGCCAAUCAGCUAUCUAUAUUGCAGCUGCUCAUGCAUUAAAACCAAGUUACUCGGUUUACAGCAGUGCCUUGAGGCUCGUACGAUCCAUGCUACCAUUGCCCUAUCUUAAGGUCGGAUAUUUGACGGCACCACCUGUGGGGAGCCCGGUUGCACCUCACAGUGAUUGGAAGAGAUCGCAAUUUGUUCUAAACCAUGAAGGUCUUGCUCAGCAGCUCAACACUGUUGACCAAAAACAAGCACCUCAAGGUCUUUCCAACAGAUCUGGAGAGUUAGCCCAUACUGACAGAAGAGCAACUAAAGUCAACAUUCCAGAUAUCGUGUCUGUUUCACCAUGUUCGGAUCUCACUUUACCACCUGGUCCAGGCCUCUGUAUUGACACGAUUCAUGGACCAGUUUUCAUGGUAGCCGAUUCCUGGGAGUCCUUGGAUGGUUGGCUCGAUGCUAUCCGUUUGGUAUAUACAAUUUAUGCACGAGGAAAGAGUGAUGUAUUGGCAGGUAUCAUAACAGGCUGAAAUUUUUAUAUCACUUAUGGAUGUAUUACCAGACAAUCUUCUUGAGAUCGUGAUGAGUUAUAGAAAUGCGGUUUCCCAGACAAUUUUUGUAUAUUUCACACUUUUCUUUUCCCACAAAAGUGGUUUUUGACAAUUAUCUGAUUCGACAUCCGUGGGGUUCUGUUCAA